AUGUCGUCGUCCACAUCGCUGCCACCGCCGCCGCCCCGACGGCCGCGGCUGCUCGCCCCGAACCGCAAGCUGCGACACCUACGCGGCCUGUCCCUGCGCAACCUGUGCUUUGCGCCGCCGCCCGCGCGCAUCCUGCGCUCCCUCGACGACGCCGACCUUCCCGGCCCCCAGCACCAUAAGAAGCAGCAGCUCGCGGCGCUGCAGGAGUCGAGCAGCGACGUCACCGCCGGCGCGUCGCUGGCAUCGUCGCGCUCCUCGGAGAACCUGGCUCGGCUGCAGCCGUCGAGGCAAUUGAGCGGUGGCGGUGGUGGCCAGCGCCUAGGGGCACCGCCAAUGCCGCGACGCAUGAGCCUGAGCAAUGCGCACGCGAGCCCGAUCAGCCGACAGAAGAAGCUCGAGGACCUCGCCGACGAGGCGGUUGGCGACGUCUUCUUUUCCUUGCACGACCCGGCGAGCCCGGAGGAGCCAAUAUAUAUAAGCGAAACAGGGGAGCGAUCAGCGGUAUGCUUGAUUGAGCCUAACUUUGACUUUCGAUUCUUUGACCUAUCAACACAGCACACUAAUAUUUCCCGAUCCUGCAAGCUGCUGGUUCGAAUAUGGACGCGCCGUCCCAAGCACACCACCUGGAGCUUUCUGCUCGAGGAGCUCAUCGACCUUCGUAGGCUGCACUUCAUCUCCACCACCCUCAACCGCGAGUACCGUCCCAACGCGCUCAUAUUCCACCUCGAGGACGGCGUAUACUCACUCGACUUCCCCGACCGCAUCUCCGAGCCCCGGCAGCACCCCCCGCCCGCGACGACGUCGUCGUACAAUGCGCUGAUGAAGCUGGCGAACCUGGAGGGCUCGCUGCGCGACGCCGAGGAGACACAACGCGCCGUCGCGCGCCAGAUGAACGAGCUGCUGGCCACAGACGACGGGCUCGCCAACGGCGCUGCGGACGCCGCGGAGGAAGGUGUCGUGCUGGCGAAUAAGUAUCUGGCCACGCAGCGCCGCCUCAACAGACAGUCGGAGAGGCGGCGGGACGAGCUGCGGGCAUCGCUGCGUGCGCGGCGGGAAGCCAUCACUGAGGGCCGCGCGUUGCAGCGCCGCCGUGCGGAAGACAUGGCGGCCAGCCAUACACGGCUACUGGCGGCGCAGCGACUGCUCGAGGACACGGAGCAGCAGAUUCGCGGCCAGCGCCGGCGUAUAUGCACCGAGCUGGCCGCCGUGUUCCCCAUCACGCCCGUCCCGCACGCGCCGCCGCUGUCGUUUCAGAUUUGCGGCCUGCCGCUGCCCAACUCUGUCUACGACGCCGCCGUCGCGCGCAGCGUCGGCGAGGAAGCCCUGUCGGCCGCCCUCGGCCUCGUCGCGCUGCUGGCGCGCCACCUCCAGUUUUACCUCGCCCACCCGCUGCCGUACGAGGUGGCGCCGCUCGUCGGCUCGCGUGCCUAUAUCCGCGACGACAUUUCACACCUCGCCGAGACGAGCGGCAAUACGGGUAAAACGGGCACGGCAUCGGCGGCGGCGGCGGCUGCCGCUCGUCGCGAGUUCCCGCUGUUUCUCCCACGCGGCGGCUCCACAACCGGCCAGUGGCGCUUCGAGUACGCCUGGUUCCUGCUCAACAAGGACAUUGAGGCCCUGUGCGCCUCGCAGGCCCUGCGCGUCGUCGACAUUCGCCACACCCUGCCCAACCUCAAGUACCUCUUGUACGUCGGCAGCGCCGGCCGCGACGAGAUGCCCGAGCGCAAAAAGGGCGGCGUGCGCGGGCUCUGGGCCGGCCGCCUCACCGGCCGCGUGCCCUCGUCGCCGCUGCUGCUUCUUAGAGACGACGCGAGCAGCAACGGGAAUAGUCGUCCGGCGAGCGCGGACAGCGCGGCCCACGCGCAGCGCGGCGAUGCCCUCCGCUCGGCCGCCCUGGCGGACCAAGUACAGCCGCAGCAGAAGCUGCAACCGGCGGCGACGGGAUGGGGGGGCGUGUCGGGUACAGGUGGCGCGAAUCCGGCGGACUUUGCUCUGCCUUUCCGGAGCCCCGAGACCAAGUUCACGCUCCGCACAAAGGGCCUGCGGGAAAACGUCGCCAAUUGA